CUCUGCUCGUCACUCAGUCCCUCCCUCCCUCCCUCGCCUAAAGGAGUCACUCAACUAACGCUUACAGGAUGCUGCGCGGCGCUGUGCUAUUGUCCGUGUUGGUGGCCGCGACCGUGGCUCAAGAGGAGUUCUUUGAGAAAUACGCCAUUCAGAAGAUCAUGACCACCUGCUUCGGCGAGGAGCUUUACUACGGUCAGCUGGCCCUCCUGGAGAAUGCCAAGGAGGCGUGCAGGUACCGGCCCACCUUCAUCCCGGGGCUGCAGCACGCUACAAACACCUACAACAUUAUCUCCCCCGGUCUCGUGCAUACCCAGGUUGGCUACGGUUACCCCUCUCCCCCGGUGUUCCCCACCACCAACCUGCACCCCACCAUCGGCUACCAGCAGCCCGUGCUCGGGAAGUCCCGCAAGACGAGGCAGACGAGGCCCCACGAUAAGCCCGAGCUGUUCCUGGACCGUGACAGCAUGCUAGAGCUGAUUGAAGUGGUCCACGCCGCCCUCAGCAAUUAUACCUGCGUUCUGAGGACUGUUAACUUGAUCGACGACAACCUCAACCUCCGCCUGGACACCAUCCAGAGAGACUACUACAACUCCCCCAUCGACCCCGUGUUGCGUCAGGAUCUGCUGGAAGGCAUCGACAUCUGCUACCAGCUUUCCGGGUGCCUGCCCGUGGAGAAGACCAAGAACCCUCUGCCGCCUAAUCUGCAGCGCCUCUUGUUCUUCGAUAAGUGCGAGAAGAAGCAGCGCAUCUCUAAUUGCUUCAAGCACGACGUCAGGAGGAACCUCUUCCGCUUUGACCUCUCCGUUCUGCCCGCCGGCGGCCGCGUGGGAAAGCUGGAGAAGCUGGCGGCCAUUUUGAUCGGGGCUGGCUCCCUUGAUGAGCUCCAGGAGUUUUAUUAAACCACGCCACAUGAUGAAGGGCUACGUCUGCUGGCCAGACCCUACGUCUGGUCCUUGACUCUGUUCCUGAUAUCACACACACACACACACACACACACACACACACACACACAUACGCUCGCGCGAUGCAACACUUCUUUGGUUUCAUAGUAAUAAAGAGAACGUUUU